AUGGGAGACCAGAGGCAACGCUCAUUGUCUACGUCUGGGGAAUCAUUGUACCAUGUUCUAGGACUGGACAAGAACGCCACCUCAGAUGAUAUUAAAAAGUCAUACAGGUAAGGAGGCCAAGAACUCGCUCUGAACAUAGCAUACAUUCUAAUACAGCCAGCUUGCCUCAUGAUUAUCGUUCCAUAAGUUUCUGCUAUCUCUGAGAUGCUAAACACUGCAAGUGAGGUGAUUACUCAUACUCCAUUUGGGUUCUCUGAAACAUAGAUAACUAUGGUUUCUAUCUGGAAAAACCCCACAAAACAUGAUAAUAGGAAUCUAACUCAGCUUCCUUGUUUAAAGUAGUUGAGUAGAAGAAAGCAGACAAAUUUAUAUACUCCUUUUACACAGUACACUAUUUGCUCUAGCUGUAUCUUGUGAUGAUUUUGAGAUAAGUAGAACCAGAGAUUGGUUCAGUUAUAUUUUCAGAACUUCAGCUCUUUCAGUAAUAGUUCAUACCACUGAGUAAUAAAAUCUCUCCUAAAGUUUGGAAUAUAAUAAAGCUUGAAUCAUGAUCUAUAGUUUUCUUGUCAGUCCAUAUAAUGUUGCUUUUAUAAAGUUGUGUCUUCAUCACAGCUAUUUUACUCAGCAGCAAUGGAAAAAGAAGGUCCAGUGACUCAGUGAUGAGUCUUGUCUUGGGAAUAAAACUUAGCUGUAGAGAUCAGUCUGCUUUUCGCACCAAACUUAUAAUCACAUUUUUUAAAUUAGAAAACCAAAACUUUUGAUGCUCUUGCUUCAAAAUUUUUGGAAACAGUGGAAGAUAAAAGUCCACAGGCUAAAUAGAUGUGCUGGUGAACCAGCAGUAGUCUUCUAGGCAUGAGUCUGAGAGGUUUUUUUCUUCUUUACUCCGCUUUUCCCAGGGAAAGCCACAGUUUACUGCUGAAUUGGAACAAACGUCAAUUGAGUUUUCUGCAGAUUGACAUAUGUUUCAAUUCAGCAGUAAACAGUGGCUUUUUCUGGGGAAAACAGCAGGCCAAAAGGAAAAUCUCUCGGACCCGUGUCUAGAAAUCAUGAGAAGAACAAGAAAUCUCAAGAAAGAAAGGGAAGCGAGGAUGAGCAUAGAGGUGCGUUCAGGGGGCAUACUAGUGAUAAACUGCAAUGAACUGAAUUUUACACUAGGGGUCAGCAGUAAACCUUUUCACAAUGGUAAGUGAUUUAGUGAGCAAGCUACGGUACUUUUCCUGAGUUUGCACUAACUCAGGGUGGAAACUCUGGGUUCUAAAAAAUAAACUUUAAUUGCAUUCCCACUAUUUCUCAGAACAGAAGCAAACAAUAGGAGAUUUGUGGAGAUUCUGGCUGCAGGUAUUCUUUUGUGAACAGAAAUUGGUGGAAAUGUAUGUUAGCUUUUGUUGUACCAUCAAUAUAAUGCAGCUUCCUAUGUUCUGUAUCACAGUGAAUCUUCCCCUUUUUUUGAAAAAAAUUAUAUUAUUCCUCACCGUAAAUGGGUAGCUGUGCAUCUGUCUGGAAAUAUUAGUCUUUUGUUCCUCUUGAUGUGGAAGAGUCAACCGGCAACUGCAGUUCUCUGCUUUGGGCAAACAUCUGCUUGAAGUUGUAUCUCUCUCGUGACUUUAGAGACAAGGCGCUCUUUGCAGGAUAUUUAUGUGCAGAAAUUGACAGUCUUUCCAGAGUAGCAGCUACUUGACAUUUUCUAAUGGGCUUUUGCUCUUCAUAUAAACCAGCCCUACAUUGACUAUGUUGGAUGCUUUCUGCCAUUAUGGACUAAAUCUGGGCACAAACAAUUUUACUCUUUUUGACUCGAGCAGCUGUACGCUGUAAAAAUUUGGCAGUGUCGGAAACUGCUGCAGAAAAUAUUAGGAGGGGCAGGGUAGAUUUGGGUUGUAGACCUAUACAUGUUUGGGAGUAAGUCCCAUUGAAUUCAGUAGGACUUGGGUAAACAUGUAUAGAAUUGUACAGUGGUACUUCAGGUUACAUACGCUUCAGGUUACAGACUCCACUAACCCAGAAAUAUUACCUCGGGUUAAGAACUUUGCUUCAGGAUGAGAACAGAAAUUGUGCUCCAGCGGCACAGCAGCAGCAGGAGGCCCCAUUAUCUAAAGUGGUGCUUCAGGUUAAGAACAGUUUCAGGUUAAGAACAGACCUCCGGAAUGAAUUAAGUACUUAACCCGAGGUACCACUGUACUCGUGUGGGUGUGGGUGUGUGCGCACUUUACCUUGCAUAUCACAGCUUUCCCAAACAGAAACAAGCCUGCAUUUCAUAUUGUGCGGCAGCUAAGAAAAAGGUGAAUUCCAUUCUAGGGAACAUUAGGAAAGGAAUUGAAAAUAAAACUGAUGUCAUCAUACUAAUCUAUGGUGCGGCCACACUUGGGAUACUGUGUAUAGUUCUUGUUGCCUCACCUCAAAAAGAAUUUUGUAGCAUUGGAAAAGGUUCAGAGAAAGGCAACCAAAAUGGCCAAGGGCAGAGGUUUUCAACCUUUUUGAGUUCAUGGCUGUGGGAUACCUGGUAAAAACACCGUAAGUUCCCUCCCAAACCCAGAGCCAGGCUUUGUAAGUGGCACAAAGUAGACCCAGGUUCCACCAAGUGCAGCCUGGGAGUUGCUGCACUCAAUUCUCAGAUUCUGCCCCCAGCAAGAGCACCCACUUGUGACUCGCGUCAGACACGUUCAUACCUUACUUUUUAAAAAAAGGAAAACAAGGUACACCGAGAAGCGUGAAGAGGCCCCCAAAGGAGGUGGGGCUUCAAGGAAUAAAGGCAGGGAGCCAACAGCACCGUCUUCUCCCACUUCUCUUACAAAUCGGGCUUCCAGGUCAGCUAUCUCUAUACCAUGACAAGUGAAGGUUUGCUGAACCUCAGUAUCUCAACUCUGAGAUGCCUUGAUGGACGCAGAGCAUGCAACUUGUUUCAGUCCUCCUCCACCCCUGUGAGAUCUUUUCAGUUUAGAGAAACAGUGAGUAAGGGACAACAUGUUAGAAGUUUAUAAAAUUACGCAUGGUAUGGAGAAAGUGGAUAGAGGUCGCCCCCCAUCCCUUCCUGCCUCAUAACAUUAGAAUUUAUUGAUACCCAGUGAACAGGAUUUUGGAAGAUUCAGGACAUACAAAACAAAGUACUUCUUCGCACAGCACAUAGUUAAACUAUGGAACUUGCUCCCACAAGGGACAGUGAUGGCCACCAACUUGGAUGGCUUUAAAAGAGGAUUAGACAAAUUCAAGGAGGCUAUUAAUCAGGCUAUUAAUAGCUGCUAACCAGGAUGUCUCUGCUCUGCCUCCACUGUCUGAAGCAGUAUGUUUCUGAAUGCCAAUUGCUGAAAACCACAGGAGGGGUAUAGAGUUUUGCUGUACCCAGAUACUGCUUAUGUGUUUCCUAUAGGCAUUUGGUUAACCGCUGUGAGAACAGGAUGCUAGACUAGACCAGGGGUCUGCAACCUUUAAGACUAAAAGAGCCACUUGGACCCGUUUCCGAAGGAAAAAAAAACUGGGAGCCGCAAAACUCGUCAUUAUAAAAAUAACUUUUUUGUCACUUUUUUAUUAUUUCUUUGUUUGACCCCUCAGAAUUACUCCUCCUCAUAGAAAUAAACGUUAAAUUAACAAGUUACCUUUUGUGUGUGUGUGUGUUCUUCACUCCCCUUCAAAACAGUGACCAGCGUACAUGCCCCCUUUCAAUGCAGUGACCAGCGUACAUGCCCCUUACAAUGUAGCGGGCGGGCGGGAAGGUGACAUCGGGACGGUGCGUGACUAACGCACGCACCGCCCCCAUGCGACGUCACAGCCAGUACAGUGCCCGCCACAGUGGGGAGUGUCAGGGCGCACAAUGCGCCUCCUCCCCUCGCUAGUAUCCGCCCCGGAGCCGCGGCAAAGGUGUAAAAGAGCCACAUGCGGCUCUGGAGCCGCGGGUUGCCGACCCCUGGACUAGACGGACCUUUGCCCUGAUCCAGAAGGCUUGUCAUGUUCUUCUGUGGUUUCUUCUUUCCACAGGAAACUUGCAUUAAAAUAUCACCCCGAUAAGAACCCAGAUAAUCCGGAAGCUGCAGAGAAAUUUAAAGAAAUCAACAAUGCACACGCGAUAUUAACUGAUGCUACGAAACGAAAUAUUUAUGAUAAGUAUGGCUCCUUGGGUCUGUAUGUAGCAGAGCAGUUUGGAGAGGAGAAUGUGAACACGUACUUUGUGCUAUCCAGCUGGUGGGCAAAGGUAAGCAACAGAGAGAUUCUCCUCUGAACAUGUUCUUUGUGUAGCAUGAUAAUAAUCUCAUACAGCAUGCUGUUUCAACAGUUUCUAGGAACCUUGAGAGAUUCUGCUGCCUCCCCAGCAGGUAUGUUAGUUUUUCAAGAGAACCAUUGAAUCACCAAAUUGUGGAGGGGACCUUGAUGGCCAUCUUGUCCAGCCCCCUGCAGUGUAGGUACCACAACCAAAGAAACCUUGGCAGUUUGACCAUCCACCCUCUGCUUAAAAACAUCCAAUGAAGGAGAGUCUAUACAGUACCAGUUUCCCAAGGAAUUCGUUCCACUGUCAAACAGCUCUUACUGGCAGAAAGUUCUUCCUGAUGCCCUCGGGGUGCAACCUAUUAUAGAACUCCAUUAAUUAAUUGAACAAAACUCAUAUAAUCUAUUGUUCAGAUUUGUGUAUGGGUAAAAAUGUUUCAGAAGCAAGAGAUGUUGCUGCUCUUGUUUUUAGAUGAUGUGCAUGUGCUGUCGUAAGAGACAUAUUUCUGUUUAGUUUACAAUUAGUUUAGAAUUCUAUGAUUCUAUAUGGAAGACAUUGCCUCCUAUAUGAGAAAAAAAGCAGAAUGCUCCUUUCUAAUGAUAGUACUGUCGUAAAUUUUGGCCUGUGGUGUCCAGUCACGAUUAAAAGUUUUAAGUGCAGCCAUUAAAAAAUAUGGAUUCUGGCUUAAAAUGGCAACUGAUUUAGAAAUAUUCCACAAGCAGCAGUCUCCGAAGCAUUAUCUCUUAAAAUUCCUGGAAUGCUUUUGUAGGUUCCUUGUGGUUUGAAAGAAGAUUGUUUUGACUCAAGUUUACAGUACAAAAAGGGUUGUGUGGUCUUUUAUCAAAAGCUCAGUGUGUCAUGUGGUGUCAGUUGUUGAAGUCACUUAACUUGCUUUCUGAAUGUGUUGGUUUCCUGUUUUGAUGAAUCACCCAUUGGGAUACUUUCUUUUCCUGCUUUCUCCUGACUACUUUGUCGUGAGAGAGAAGCUUUUGAGCGUCAUGGAGCAGAUAACUGAGUGGCAAACUGAAACAGCUCCCUAAUCUAGGAGUUUUGAAAUGAUUAGCUUUAUUGUAAUUUUGUACAAAUCAGGCAUAUUUUAUUUAUUUUAUUUUAUGCAAUAGCUGGACUUCUUAGUGCUUGUUGGGGUGUAUCUUGGAUGUAUUGGCUUGCAUUUUGGGGGAAUACAGGGUGGGAUUCAACUAAUCAGCCCCGACAGCCAAAGGUCUGUGGAAGGAAUUCUGCAAUGGGCUUCCUUGCCUCUCUUCCUUCUACAUGCCCUAUGCUCCUAGAGUUGGCUCUGGGGAGCUGGGAGAAGCUCCAGAACACAACAUGUGGUCGUUCCACCUGGCAGUACUUGUGCAGACAGAAUGAUUGGAAGAGCUCAUGGUUGAAUUCCACCCACAGUAAUUGAUGAGAAGCCAUAGGCUGGGACAGUCCAUCAACUGCAAUAGCAUAAACUACAGCAGUGAUUUGGGAGUGCUAGAGCAGAGGGGUUGGCCUUUGCUUCACCUCAAGACAUAGUAACUUGCAAUUGUACAACACAUGGGCAGUUUUUCAUGAGACCAUCAUAAUGCGAUUGUGAAGAGGCAAACCUUUGCCUGAGAGGUUCCCUUUCCAUUUUAGAUUUUAUGCUACGUGUCAGGAGGGUGCGAGCUUUUUAAGUUCAAGAGGCUGUUUUUCUGCUGCUGAUAUCCCAAGCAUGAGAUCUAAGUUAAGUUGGCAUUCGUUGGUUGGAGACACUUUCCCUUUUCCUCUGUGCAGGCGCUGUUUGUGUUCUGUGGACUCAUCACGGGCUGCUACUGCUGUUGCUGUCUCUGCUGUUGCUGUAACUGUUGCUGUGGAAAGUGUAAACCGAAACCCCCUGAAGGUGAAGAGCAGGAAUACUAUGUCUCCCCUGAAGACUUGGAGGCACAGCUACAGUCAGAUGAGAGGGGUAAGUCUUCUUCUCUCCAGGUCAGCCACACAUGGAAUGUCUCAAAAUCACAGGGCUGAGUAGAGAGAGGAAGAGGGGGAGAAGCUUCGUGUAGUUUCAACUUAAGCUUAUCAGGGGGUGCCUAAAAAGCAUAUCUGUGCUGCAAAUGUGUGUUUUUUUCUGAAGACCUGGCUUCAUGGAGAUUCCUAAAUAUCUCCCUGAAUGAAACCGAGGUUUGCUCAUGUACAAAAUGGUGAAGAGGUGUUCUGUGAUCAUAUCAUUCGUUGAUCAUAUCAUUUAGAAGAUUUUAUAACUUGCCUGUCAGUAGAAUGGCCCUUGAGCCAGCUCACAAUACCUGUACACGAACUGCAAACAUACAUACAGCCAUGCAUCCUUCUCUGAUCCAUGGGUUUGGCCAGGCUGGUGGGUCUCCUUGCUAUAGGAGGCAGAGAGUGCAAACGUCCAGUAGCUCUUGACUCCUGGCUUGAUGGCAGAAGCUGGAGAGUGCUUCUCUUCAUCUUUGCAGUCCCAUUCAUGGAACGAUGGUCUAAAGGCACCCAGUGGGUAUGCUUCUUUCGAAGCUAGUUGGUGUAGCCUUAAGAGGAAAGGCGAAGAUAACAUUUGUUGACACGGUUAGCAGUUUAUGGAGGAAUUUCCCCUACCUUGCAUAUUGCUCACUGUAUGGACACCAUUAACUAAGAAUAUGGUGUUGAAAUAAUUAAUUAAAUACAACCCUUCUGUCUGUUUAACUGAAACCGAUGGAAAAAUAAUGAAGCAAACCAGCAUCCUAAGAAGGCGGAACAUUUUUUAAAAUUAACGGCUGCACAGAAAUCUUAAGUCGGCCUUGCAAACUUCCCUGUUUCCCCCACAAUCCUACGCUGGUCAUUUGUAGCUGCAAUGAAGGAAAAAUUUUUUGGAUGCCCUUACCUGGUUGCCUAGGGACGUGGGUGGCGCUGUGGGUUAAACCACAGAGCCUAGGACUUGCCAAUCAGAAGGUCGGCGGUUCGAAUCCCCGCGAAGGGGUGAGCUCCCUUUGUUCGGUCCCUGCUCCUGCCAACCUAGCAGUUCGAAAGCACGUCAAAGUGCAAGUAGAUAAAUAGGUACCACUCCGGCGGGAAGGUGAACGGCGUUUCCGUGCGCUGCUCUGGUUCGCCAGAAGCGGCUUAGUCAUGCUGGCCAGAUGACCUGGAAGCUGUCUGUGGACAAACGCCGGCUCCCUUGGCCUAUAGAGCAAGAUGAGCGCGCAACCCCAGAGUCGGUCCCGACUGGACCUAAUGGUCAGGGGUCCCUUUACCUUUACCUGGUUGCCUAGAAGCACUUAGGGCUGGCAAAUGGCUUUUGACAAGCCAGGUCUUCAGUGCGUCACUUCCUUUCAGCAGUUUUAGGAGCGAGCUCUCUCUAACCACGAUUUCCUUUUAUUUUCAGACACCUCAGAUACACCUAUUGUGAUACAGCCAGUCUCAGAGACGACCCAGCUCACAGCGGACUCCCACCCCAGCUACCAUACCGAUGGAUUUAACUAA